AUGAGUGCAUCAACCGCUUCUGCUCCAAGUAGUUCAUCGGUUGUUAUGUCAACUACCACUGACAUAACAACAACAAAUGCGGCGACAACAAGUGACUCGUCUACGUCACAAGGAACAACAUCAACAGUACAUACCGUAACAUCCACAGGCACGAAUAUUCAAAGCCAAAGUACUGUUAGUCAAUCGUCGACCUCCAGUGGUGGUCAAACAAUAACUUCUACUGGUGGGCAAACAUCAGUUUCUAGCAGUGGUCAAACAUCAACUCCUAGUGGUGGGCAAACAUCAGUUUCUAGUGGUGGUCAAACAUCUGUUUCAAGUGGUGGCCAAACAUCUACUUCUAGUAAUAGUCCAUCGUCAACUUUUAGCAAUAGUCCGUCUUCAGCAUCUAGUGGUGGCCCUUCCAGCACAAUGACAUCUACAAUUCCAUCCACCUCUGGCAGCGCAGCUACUUCAGGUUCUUCGUCUUCGGCUGGUUCUGGUAGUACAGGUUCUACAGUCAGUAUACCGGGGUCGUCUCCUACAGGACAAACCAGCAGUUCCGUGUCUAGCAGUACUGAGAGUCCGUCUACAACAACAACAACAACAACAAUACAAACAAGUAAGGAUGUAUUCCAAUUGUAA